UCCACUUCUCCUUAGGCCAUGUAAAGAAUUUCUCAGCAAUCUGUUCGCCCUCGACGACGAAUCUCCGAUCAUUAAUUUCAUCUUCAACGAUUCAUUGAGCAUUAAUCUCUCUCUUUCUCUCUCUCUUCAAGCUCCGGCACCGCCGUAGAAUUCACCGGGAAAGUCAAUUUGGAGCGUCAGUCUUUUGCUUCAAUUUGCGACCAACGGCCACCGGAACCAUCACUGAUGCCGAAAAAUCUCUUUCGGAUGAACUGAAUUAGAUGCAGGUUCCAAAUAUAUCGAAGUUGAACUUCCUAUCUACACAGGCUUCCAAAAUUUACUGCCAGUCAGUACAAGGGUCUUUCCAAGCGGUCACCGCAGUGAAGAGAGAAAAUUUUCUGAUCACUGACCGUCAGAAAUAGCUAUAACAAGGCGUGGCUUUUUAUAAGGAUCCAGAAAUAUCAGUAUGGACCCUUCAAUUAUGAAGAAGCUCCUUGAAGAUGAUGAGGAUGAAAGCAUGCAUUCAGGAGCCGAUGUGGAUGCCUUCCAGGCUGCCCUAAAUAGAGACAUCAGAGGGGAUGUGCCACCCACUUCGCAGCCCUAUGAUUCCGAUUCUGGUGUUAUUUCUCAAGGAAGCAGUAAUACUUCCAGUCAGUCGUUACCACAGCUCCAAACUGGUAAUCGGGAUGAGAGUACUAACUAUCAAGUUCAACAAGACCAAAAACCUGCACAGCCACAGGAAAUAAUUUCUUCUGAGAAGGAGGUGGUGAAGCAUGAACAUGUUGCUGAGAAUCUUCAGCAGCAGCAGCAACAACAGCGUAAUAAUAAUAAUGCAUCACAGGAAGUCAAUGAUGUUAGCUUGCCUCCGACACAAUCCCAAGAUGAUCAUCAACAGAGGCAGGGAGAACAAAAUCCUCUCCAGGUUUCUCAAGGAACUGGGAUGCAGAUUCCUGGAAAAAGCCCAAUCAUGCACGAACCAGAUAGGCCGCACAAUCCAGACAAUGAAACACAAUACUUGAAACUCCAAAAGAUGAGUAAUCAACAGGCUACAGUUGCGGAGCAAGCAAGCAACCCCCCAACUCGCAGUAAACAAGUACCCUUUGGCUUGUUACUACCUGUUUUAAUGAACCAACUUGAUAAAGACAAAGGAAUGCAACUCCAAGAGCUAUUUGGUAAACUGAAGAAAGAGGAAAUCUCCAAAGAGUCAUUUGUCCGGCUCAUUAGAAGUGUGGUUGGGGAGCAGGUGCUCAGAUUGGCAGUAAUGACAGUUCAAGGACAGCUGCAGUCUCAAGCAGCAAUGCGAAAACAGCCUCCAGGGAUGCAAUCUGUCAGUUCAGGACCGUCACAAUUCACUGAUCCUCGGUCCUUUGCACAAGUUCAUCAAAAGGGUACAAGCACUUCUGCAGAUGUCUCACAUGUUCCCUCUUCUGUGGGCCAAGUACAGACCAACCCAAGUCAGUCAGCUUCCCACGGACUGCAAGCAAGUCAAAUGCCCUCUUCCGGUGCAGGAGCUACCAAUCAAGAGAGAGAUUCCAUGCAAGGGCUUAACAAGCAACAACAGCAGCAACAGUUGCACUUUCCGCAGACCUCUUUCGGCAUGUAUGGAGGUAAUAGUGGUAACAUUCACUUGUAUUCUGGGACAAAUGUCAAUACUUCAACAUUACCUCUUAAACUGCAACCGCAUGAUACACAAAUCCGGCCAAUUCCACAACAUCAGAGUGUGGGAUCAGCUCAGUUAGGUGGGGAAACACAGGGUUCAAACAUGUUGGGUUUACCCAAGUUGGAGAAGCAAAAUUCAAUUAAUGAUCCUAGUAGAAUGCACAUUGGAUCACUUUCUCAUUUUGCAAGCAAUUCAGCUAAUCAACAGAAGCCAGCUCCUUGGCAGCCAUCGACAAAUAAAGACCAAACUGCUGGCCCAUUAUCAUCAACGUCUUACAUAAAACCUGAACCAGUUGAUCAAGCUAUUGAGCUGCAACACAAGCCCUCACCACCCAAUUCACAGGGAUUGCCUUCUGUAUCCGCUGUACAGAUUGAACACGGUAACAUGUCAUCUGGAACUUCAAAAGAUGAGUCAACAGAGAAGCACCAUUCAAGAAUGGGUUUUCCAACUUCCGCAAGCAUAGUUCCUUCAUCAUCCACAAGCAUAGUUCCUUCAUCAUCCACAAGCAUGGCUCCCCACAAUACCAUUUCUUCUAACAUGUCUAUGCAGCUGGGCCCCAAUAUCCCAUUAGGACCUCGGGCACCAAUUGGAACGCCACCUGUUGGAACUAAUAAUAAGACACCUCCAAAAAAGCCUUCUGUUGGACAGAAGAAACCACUUGAAGCUCUUGGUUCUUCACCACCACCAGCAGGCAAGAAGCAAAAAGUCUCUGGAAAUUUUUUGGAUCAAAGCAUUGAGCAACUCAAUGAUGUCACUGCUGUUAGUGGAGUUAACCUUAGGGAAGAGGAAGAACAACUAUUUUCCGGACCCAAGGAGGAUAGUAGAGUAUCUGAAGCAUCUCGAAAAGUUGUGCAAGAAGAAGAAGAAAGGUUGAUUUUGCAGAAGACUCCCCUUCAGAAAAAAUUGGCAGAAAUCACAGUGGUCAAAUGUGGUUUGAAAAGUAUAAGCAACGAUGUGGAGCGCUGCUUGUCACUGUGUGUGGAGGAAAGAAUGCGUGGGCUGAUAGAUAAUCUAAUCAGAUUGUCGAAACAGCGUGUUGAUGCUGAGAAAUCAAGACACCAAACUAUUACCACCUCCGAUAUUCGGCUUCAAAUAAUGACAAUGAACCGAAAAGUAAAGGAAGAAUGGGAAAAGAAACAGGCUGAAGCAGAAAAGCUUCGUAAACAAAAUGAACCUGAAACUAAUAAUGGAGGUGAUGGAGAAAAGGAGAAAGAUGAGGGUCGUGCCAAAUCACUUAAGAUGCCGGCAAACAAAGAGGAAGAUGACAAAAUGAGGACAACGGCUGCAAAUGUUGCUGCCCGUGCUGCUGUUGGAGGAGAUGACAUGCUGUCAAAAUGGCAAAUGAUGGCCGAGCAAGCACGACAAAAACGUGAAGGCGGGACGGAUGCAGCAUCUGGCUCUCAGGUGGGUAAAGAUGCGAACCACAAGCCUUCUUCGACACCUGGAAAAAUGAUGAAGGACCAGCUAGAAGCCGAGAAAAAAAGCGGUGCAGCUUCUUUUGCUGCUCCAGGUGCUGUCAGAAAAUUCGGAAGAAACCAAGUUAUUGUGCCUCAAACUAGGGUGGCUCGUAGCGUAACCGUCAAGGAUGUAAUUGCUGUCCUGGAAAGGGAACCUCAGAUGUCCAGGUCUACUCUGAUAUAUCGUUUGUAUGAGAAAAUCAAAUCUGAUACCAGUUCUGAAUAGUCCAAUACAACAGUAGCUUCUUGUUAUCCUAGCGGUAGCUUGUUCUUUCAACUCCGGGAAGAUUUUAGAUAAAGAAAGAGACGAGUGCAGUCUUAGAACCAAGAUGGCCGGUCCGAUUUAUAGUGCGAUGGCAGGACCAACUUAUUGAAAACUUUUUUAGAUUUAGAAUCAACUAGUAGUUAGUAUACACAAUUCUGGAAGAAACAAAAUGUAACUGGUGUUUUGAUUUUUUCUCCUUUCUUUCUUGGGCACCAGUCAUUCUCAUGAGUUUUAGAUCCUUUAUAUUCUUCCCAUUCAGAAAACUGCGUGAUGAUGCUCUGGUCCA